AUGAACAAGAGCUUUGCAAAUCUCAUCGGAUCACGUGAUUCGAAGGGCGCCACUGAGGAACGGCUCGCCGAAUAUCGAGGAACAGGGGCCACGAACGCUCGCCAGAGGAACGGCUCGCCAGAGGAACGGCUCGCCAGGAGGCUCCACGGCUCGCCAGGAACGGCUCCAGAGGAACGGCUCGCCAGGAGGAACGGCUCGCCAGAGGAACGGCUCGCCAGAAAAAGGAACGGCUCGCCAGAGGAACACGGCUCGCCCAGGAACGGCUCGCCAGAGCCAGGAACGGCUCGCCAGGGGAACGGCUCGCCAGGAAAAACGGCUCGCCAGAGGAAGGCUCGCACGGCUCGCCACGGCUCGCCAGGACGGUCGCCAGAGGAACGGCUCGCCAGGAAAACGGCUCGCCAGAGAACGGCUCGCCAGGGGAACGGAGGAAACGGCUCGCCGGAGGAACGGCUCGCCAGGGAACGGCUCGCCAGAGGAACAGCUCGCCAGAGGAACGGCUCGCCAGGAACGCUCGCCAAGAAACGGCUCGCCAGAGGAACGGCUCGCCAGGGAACGGCUCGCCAGGGGAACGGCUCGCCAGAGGAACGGCUCGCCAGAGGAACGGCUCCGCCAGGGAACGGCUCGCCAGAGGAACGGCUCGCCAGGGUGAACGGCUCGCCAGAGGAAGCUCGCCAGGGAACGGCUCGCCAGAGGAACGGCUCGCCAGGGGAAGGAGAAGGCUCGCCAGAGAACGGCUCGCCAGGGAACGGCUCGCCAGGGGAACGGCUCAGCCAGGCUCGCCAACGGGGGAACGGCUCGCCAGGAACGGCUCGCCAGGAACGAGAACGGCUCGCCAGAGGAACGCUCGCCAGAGGAACGGCUCGCCAGAGGAAACUCGCCAGAGGAACGGCUCGCCAGAGGAAACGGCUCGCCACGGCGCCAGGAACGGGCUCGCCAGAGGAACGGCUCGCCAGAACGCCGGGAACGGCUCGCCAGAGGAACGGCUCGCCAGGGAACGGCUCGCCAAGGAAACGGGCUCGCCAGGGGAACGGCUCGCCAGGGAACGGCUUCGCCAGAGGGAACGCUCGCCAGAGGAACGGCGGCUCGCCUAGGAACGGCUCGCCAGGGGAACGGCUCGCCAGAGAAGCUCGCCCACUCGCCAGGAACGGCUCGCCAGAGGAACGGCUCGCCAAGAAACGGCUCGCCAGGGGAACGGCUCGCCAGGAACUCGCUCCGGCUCGCCAGAGGAACGGCUCGCCAGAGAACGGCUCGGCUCGCCAGGAACGGCUCGCCAGAGGAACGGCUCGCCAGGGGAACGGCUCGCCAGAGGAACGGGAGGAACGGCUCGCCGGAGGAAAGGCUCGCCAGGAGAACGGCUCGCCAGAGAAACGGAACGGCUCGCCAGGGAACGCUCGCCAGAGGAACGGCUCGCCGGCUCGCCAGGGGAACGGCUCGGCUCGCCAAGGGCUCGCCAGAAAGGAACGGCUCGCCUCGGCCAGAGGAACGGCUCGCCAGGGGAACGGCUCGCCACGGCUCGCCCAGCCAGAGGAACGGCUCGCCAGAGGAACGGCUCGCCAGGGGAACGGCUCGCCAGAGGAACGGCUCGCCAGGGGAACGGCUCGCCAGGGGAACGGCUCGCCAGAGGAACGGCUCGCCAGAGGAACGGCUCGCCAGGGGAACGGCUCGCCAGAGGAACGGCUCGCCAGGAGAACGGCUCGCCAGAGGAACGCUCGCCACGGCUCGCCAGGGAACGGCUCGCCAGAGGAACGGCUCGCCAGGAACGGCUCGCCAGAGGAACGGCUCGCCAGGGGAACGGCUCGCCAGGGAACGGCUCGCCAGGGAACGGCUCGCCAGAGGAAGCCAGAACGGCUCGCCAAGGAACGGCUCGCCAGAGGAACGGCUCGCCAGAGAAGCUCGAGGAACGGCUCGCCAGAGGAACAUCGCCACAGGAACGGCUCGCCAGGGGAACGGCUCGCCAGAGGAACGGCUCGCCAGGAGAACGGCUCGCCAGAGGAACGGCUCGCCAGAGGAACGGCUCGCCAGAGGAACGGCUCGCCGAGGAAGGCUCGCCAGGAACGGCUCGCCAGAACGGCUCGCCAGAGGAACGGCUCGCCAGGGGAACGGCUCGCCAGAACGGCUCUCGCCAGGGGAACGGCUCGCCAGAGGAACAGGAGAACGGCUCGCCAGAGGAACGGCUCGCCAGAGGAACGGCUCGCCAGGGGAACGGGCGCAUAUGCCGAACAUACAAACGAAAUAAUUAGGGAUCUUUUUAUCCCCGUUCUGAUCAUACGUCACCAAGGAGCAGCAAGGUCAGUCCCGCCGUCCGGACACUCGACCUAA